CCCACCCAACCUGAACAUGCUGCCUGAGUGACAGAGGGGCAGUCAUGGUGUGUUUGGAGGCACAAAGCUUCAAAAAAUUGUGUUUUCUCAUUUUAUUCCAACAUAAAAAGACUUAAGAUGAUUUAUAGGUUUUGUGGCUCAGAGCUCCUCCUGCAAGAGACCACAUCCAGUUCAGAGUUCGCAUUCCUUGAGUGCAUUGCAAAGAUCUCUGCAGAAGCCUUCUCUCCCCUGACGUGGCCUCAGAUGACGUCGCUCAGAGUCGAGCCGUAGAAGGGUUCCUCACCUGCAGGAAAACACCGAAGAAACGUGGGAAGUUUCCCCAUUCAGAAACAACUCCAGCUGCGAUGCAUUUCCAAAUCAAACACUUACUGCGGCUGAAUCAGUGCGCGUCAGUUCAGCGCGAGAGGAGCCUCGGGAGGAAACUGUGGACUGUCUCAGCUGCAGCGCAACAACAACAACGCGGUGUUAGAGCUGCAGGGUCGCAUGCAUCUGCAGACCUGAACAAGUAUUUCGACCUGCAGUGCUGCAGAAAGUAUGCAUCCGACACCGCGUACAGCCGAGCCUUCGCCUCGGCCAGGGACAACCCCGAGACUUUCUGGGGUGAGAUGGGACUGGAUAUUAACUGGUUUGAGCCGUGGACUAAAACUUUGCACGUUGAGGAUCCAGUGUUUCCAAACUGGUUUGUCGGAGGGAAGCUGAACGUCUGCUACAAUGCUGUGGACCGACAUGUAGAGAGUGGCCGUGGAGAGCAGCCUGCCAUCAUUUACGACAGCCCAGUGACUGGAACUAAACAAAUCAUCACUUUCAGGGAACUUCAGGACCAGGUUUCCAGGUUAGCAGGAGUCCUGGUGAAGAACGGGGUACGGAAAGGAGAUCUGGUAGUCAUCUACAUGCCCAUGGUGCCGCAGGCCAUGUUCACCAUGUUGGCCUGUGCACGGAUCGGUGCACCGCACAGCCUUAUCUUUGGUGGCUUUGCUUCAAAAGAGCUCUCUGUCCGCAUUGAUCAUGCCAAGCCCAAGCUGAUGGUUACAGCCUCAUUUGGCAUCGAGCCAGGCAGGAGAGUGGAGUACAUCCCUCUGGUGAAGAAGGCCUUGGAGCUGAGCUCUCACAGACCCUCGAAGGUCCUCAUCUACAACAGGCCUAACAUGGAAAAAGUAUCAUUGGGACCUGAGUUGAGUUUGGACUGGGAGGAAGAGAUGGCCACUGCUCAGCCGCAUGACUGUGUUUCUGUUCCCUCCAACCACCCUCUCUACGUCCUCUAUACAUCUGGAACCACUGGAACGCCAAAGGGUGUUGUGCGAGACACUGCAGGCUAUGCUGUGAUGCUGAAAUGGACCAUGUCAAAUAUUUAUGGACUCCGUCCUGGAGAUGUUUGGUGGGCAGCGUCAGAUCUCGGCUGGGUAGUCGGCCACUCAUACAUCUGCUAUGGUCCUCUGCUCCAUGGUAACAGCACAAUACUCUAUGAGGGUAAGCCUGUGGGGACUCCAGACCCAGGGGCGUUCUUCCGUGUCCUAUCUGAACACGGAGCCUCCUCCAUGUUCACAGCACCCACCGCCAUCCGAGCCAUUCGCCAGCAGGACCCACAUGCUGAAGUUGGGAAAAAAUACCCCCUGUCCAGGUUGCAGUCGUUAUUUCUGGCAGGUGAACGCUGUGAUGUGGAGACGCUGGAAUGGGCAAAGAGGAGCUUUGGGGUUCCCGUCCUGGAUCAUUGGUGGCAGACUGAAACCGGCUCAGCCAUCACCUCCUCAUGCAUUGGUCUGGGGAACUCACUCACGCCACCUGCAGGUCAGGCUGGCAAACCUGUUCCAGGUUACAAUGUCACAGUGAUCAAUGAUGACAUGCAGGAGGUGAAGCCAAGAACCCUGGGAAAUAUCGUGGUGAGACUACCUUUACCACCUGGUGCAGCGUUGUCACUGUGGCAGAACCGCAGUCUGUUCAAGGAGCUCUACUUCACUAAGUUCCCAGGUUACUAUGACACCAUGGAUGCAGGUUUUGUGGACGAGGAGGGCUUCCUUUACAUCAUGUCCCGCUCUGAUGAUGUCAUCAACGUGGCAGGCCACAGGUUGUCUGCUGGAGCACUGGAGGAGUCCGUGCUGCAGCACCCUGCGGUGGGAGACUGUGCUGUGGUGGGUCUAGAGGACACUCUGAAGGGUGUGGUUCCCCUGGCCCUGUGUGUGCUCAAGAACGGUGUGCACAAAAAUCAAGAGGAGAUCACAAACGAGAUGGUGAAGCUUGUGAGAGACAACAUCGGACCAGUGGCUGCCUUUAGGAAAGUGCUUUUUGUCCGAGGAUUGCCGAAGACGCGUUCGGGCAAGAUCCCUCGCUCCUCUUUAGCCAACCUGGUCAAUGGCAAACCCUACAAGGUUACUCCAACCAUCGAGGACCCAGAAGUUUUCAAAGACAUUGAGAGACAGGUUGAAAAAACCCUGAGACCUCGCGGAGGCUGAACUUACCUGUUGGAUGACCAGAAGAAACUGAGGUUGGAUACAUUCCGUCAACACAAACUAAAACUCACUCAACAAGAAGUGUGCUUUUACUAUGAAGUGGGGGUCGCCAAUAUGAACUAAAAGUAGAAGUAAAAUUUGUGAUUAUUUUUCUAAGUCAAGCUAGAGAGAAACAUUGAUGUCAGUACUUCCUACAGGGCUAGUGUUUCUGUCUGAAAUAAUGAAAUGAACAGUCAAUUUUUAUGCAUGUAAUCUGAAUAAUACUGUGAAACUGUAUUUAACUACAGGCUUUGUGCAUUUACAAUUUAUAAGCAGGGCAAGUUACAACCAAUGUACAAAAUGUUGCCCUGGUGCCGUUAACAGUUUGAAUUUUUAAUGAAAAAUAAUGAAGACCACCCAUUCACUGACAGUAGUUUUUUUUAUUGACAAUGAAAAUCUGCUUGCUCACCACUUAGUUUUGACCAAAGUACAAGAAGUAAUAAAUAAAAAAAUGGACAAAAUAAAA